AUGAGGGACGCCAUCAGCGCCGUGGAGGCGAAGGAGCUCUUGGCCGAAGACGGUGCGGCGGACGCGCAGGCGCUAAGCAUCAUGAACGAGGGGGGGCCAGACCGCUCAGCAGCGCACCGAACGGAAGCAUACCGAACGGAAGCAUACCGAACGGAAGCACACCGAACAGAAGCAGACCGCUCAGCAGCGCAGCACUCCCCCAGCGCGGCGGAGAAGGACGCCAAUGGAGGAUUAAACAGACCCCCGCUGAGCAUAGAGAACAAGAAAAGCUCGAGGAUAAUAAUCGACAGACUCAUAUUGGAAAACUUCAAAAGCUACUCGGGAGUAAAGGUUAUUGGUCCCUUCUACAAAAAGUUCAGUUGUAUUGUGGGUCCGAAUGGGAGUGGGAAGAGCAACAUCAUCGACGCCAUGCUGUUUGUGUUUGGACGUCGGGCGAAGAAGAUCCGGCAGAACAAGCUAUGCGACUUGAUUCACAGCUCCAAGUAUUCCAUGCACAACGAGUAUACGAAGGUGUCGAUUCAGUUCAGGGCCAUCUCGGAGGGGGGGGAGAAGUGGGAGGGGAGAGAGAAGUGGGAAGAGCCGUCUCAGCUGGAGGAGCCAUCUCAGCGGGAGGAACCACUUCAUUCGGAGGAACCACCUCAUUCGGAGGAACCACCUCAGCGGGAGGGGGACCCGAUGCGAGCACCCGCCCGCGCGCUGGCCGAAAGCUUCACCAUCAGCAGGGAAGCCACGGCGGACAACCAAUCGAGGUACCGCAUAAACGACAAGGUAGUGACACAGAAGGAGGUAUUCGAUCUACUACUCCAGAAAGGAAUCGAUUUAAGGAAUAAUCGAUUCCUCAUCCUGCAGGGUGAAGUGGAGCAAAUCUCACAAAUGAGUCCAAAGGGAAACAAAAAUGAAGAAGGUCUCCUUGAGUAUCUAGAAGAUAUCAUAGGAACUAACUGUUACAUAGAAGGAAUAAAUAAAAGUCAAGAAGAGCUAGAAAGGAGUGAAGAGAUCUACCAUGAUAAAGUGAACAGACUCAAGCAUGUAUACAACGAAUUGAAGGAACUAGCUGGACCAAAAAAGGAAGCAAAGUAUUACGUACAGUUGCAAAAAUUUACAUAUAAGUUGCACAUAUUGAUUGUAAAGAAAGAUAAAUAUGAACUAGCCAAAAAAAUUUUAAUAAAAGAAGAAGAGCUAGCCAAAUAUAUAAAAGAAAAAGAAGAACACAAUGUAGUUUAUACAAGGUUACUCAAGGAGAGAAAAAAUAUGAAUGAUAUUUUAAGUUCUCUUGAAAAUGAAGAAAGCGAAAUUGUGAAAAAGAAAAACAAAGUAGAUAACGAAUUUAAACUAUUGACCACUCAGGAUGAAAACGUGAAAAAAGAGUUACUCAUAGUAGUGGAAAAAAUACAGAAUCUCUAUGUUAAGAGAGAACAACUCAGGGAAAAGGAUAUCCCUCUGUACAAAAACAUCAUCGAAACGAAACAACAAAUUUUGAAUAAAUUAAAAAGAGAAGGAAUUCCAAAGCUAGAGAGACAACUGGAGAAGUGUGAAGAAGAAAUGGAAAAAUAUAAUGAAGAAAUAAAAACAGACACGGAUAGAAUUAAUACCAUUUACUCAAAUGAAGAAAAAAAGCUAGCUCCUUUACAAAACAGUUACGAUGACUUAGUGAGAAUAACAUCGGAGUAUAGCAAUAGGUCAAACCUCAUAGAAAAGAAACAGAGAGAAUUUCUAUCCCAUCAAGAGAAUUUGAAGUAUUUACAAACGAAACUGUUGAACGAGAUGAAAGAAAUCGAUGUGCAGUUGAAACACAUGAGUAAGAUGGACGCAGAAAAAAGGAAAUUUCUUCACACGAAAGAGGAACUACUAACUCAGAUAGACAAAGAAACGGAGCAAGCAUCAAACAAACUUGUUGACCUCACGGUGAAAUACGAAACGAUGAAGAAAGAACUCAACACGGAUAGAAGUCUGAGCAAGUUACACGAACUGAUAUACCAUUUGAAGAAGACAAAAAUUAAAGGAAUUCAUGGUGUUCUUGGAGAUUUAGGAUCCAUUGAUCCAAAAUAUGAAAAGGCUUUCCUCAUCGCAGGAAAUAACUGUACCGACUUUAUUGUCGUGGAUAAACCACAUGACGCCGUGCUACUCUUCGAACAAAUGAGGAAGCAAAACCUCGGGAGAGUCAACGUGUUAUCUCUCUCCAUUUUGGAAGCAAAUUUAUUACCAGUCAUGAGGAAACACGAUGAAAAUUAUUCACCUCUCCUUCCCAACGUUCACAGACUUAUCGACUUUAUCCGAUUUAAGGAUGAAAAAUACAAAGUCUGCUUCUACUAUGCUGUUAAGGAAACCCUCGUGGCGAAUACCCUAGAGGAGGCACACGUCAUUGGAUAUGCUCACAAAAGGAGAGUUGUCACUGUCGCAGGGGAGCUAAUAGAAAAUGAUGGCCGCAUAUGUGGUGGAGGUCUCCUGAACAAGCAAGGGAAAAGCACAACUGGUGGAGUUAGAGGAUCCGUUCGAAAGAGUUAUAACUACAGAGGGACAGAAGACCAAGAAAGUCACUCCUCCAGUAGUACCUUCUUCAAAGCGGAUGCCCCCUCUCAGUAUGAUCAAAAUGAUGUCACCAAAACCGAAGGAGAUAUUAAAGAAGCCAACAAAAAUAUGAACGAGCUGAAACUACGGAAGGGAAACCUAAUAAAUGAAAUCAAAGAAAUAAAAACCCAUAUAGAAGACAACGAAUGCAAGAUAGAGAUUGCUAAGAAAAGAAUCGAGAAUUGCAAAAAACAGCUGAAGGAUAUCGAUAGUCAGUUGCAAAACUCAGAUGUACCGGAACUCACUCCGGAGGAGAAAAAAGAACUAAAGUCUAUCAAAGAAAUGAUAGAAGAAAAAAAUGAUGAGAAAAAUAAAGUAGAGAUUCUCCUCAAAGCACAGGAGAGUAAGAGACAACUAAAUAUCACCAGGGAUGAAAUCGCCAAGCACAGCAGUGAGGAAGUGAAUGCUUUGGCGAAUCUGCAGAAGGGAGAGAAGGAUAUCCUUAAAUUUACUGACGAGAUUGAGGAAUAUGAAAAGAACGAGAAGGAACUAGAGAAUGAGCUCAAGGAUCUAGAGAGCAAAGGGUGCCUGGUCUAUGAAGAAAUAGAGAAAAUGGAAAAGGAGCUAGGGAAAGUGCAAACCCAGAUGGAGGAGAACCAAAAGAAGAAGCAACAAAUUGAUGAGAACAUUUCGAAGAAGGAUCUAGAGAAUGUGGAUCUAGUGUACAAGACAGAGAAUUUACAAAAAGAAAUAGAGCAGCUUCGUCUCAGGGGGAUCGCCUACGAAGGUAAGAUUGAUGAGUACACGCGACUCAUCGAGCAGGCCGACCGGGUCGUCGUGGAGAACAGGCCGUGCCGCGCGAGCGGCGGGGGCAGCGCUGAUCAGAGCACCGGCGAGGAGAGCGAGGGGGGGAGCGAUGAGCGAAGCGAUGGGGGGAGCGAUGGGGGAAGCGAUGUGGGAAGCGAUGGGGGAAGCGAUGUGGGAAGCGAUGUGGGAAACGAGCGGGGAAGCAAGGAGGGCCUCGACGAUCACGGCGGUGGAGCGCUGGGGGGCAAGCGAAAGCGCAGCUCGGGGGGCGCGGCGCAGAGCAGCAAGCGGAAGAGGGAGAGGGAGAGCGGCGCUGGGGAGAGCGGCGACCUUGACAGAAGCGACGACCGUGACAGAAGCGGCUACGGUGGGGAGAGCGACGACCGCGACAGGAGCGGCUGCGGUGGGGAGAGCGACGACGGGGGGGCGGAGGCCCCCGCCAGCGAGACGAGGACCAGGAGGAGGAGCUCAAAGCCCUGGAGGACAUGGCGUGCGACAACGAAGACUGGAGCGAUCUCGAAAUCGAGUACGACCACGCGAACGUGA